AUGCGCGGUCACGGUGACACUCGAUGUAGCGAUGAAGAUGAUUAUUCUAUUGAAACUCUCUCCAACGAUAUAAUUCAAAUUAUAUUUGCCAUGUUUCCUACAGAAGCACCUCCUAUUAUUCUGAUUGGUCACAGUAUGGGCGGGGCCGUUGCUGUUCAUGUUGCUCAAAAGCGAGCAAUUCCUUCGUUUGCUGGACUCGUUGUUAUAGACGUUGUCGAAGGCACUGCCCUCGAAUCCCUGUACAGCAUGACCAGCUUUCUCCGUAGCAGACCUCAGGGCUUUCGUUCGCUCGCAGACGGCAUCGCGUGGUGCGUUCGGAGUGGCCAAAUCCGAAACGUAGAGUCUGCGUGUAUCUCAUUUCCCGGCCAGCUGAAACGCGUAGCUACGGGCGAGAGUGCCACGAUGGAGUUGGACAAGGGCACCGCACUAAUCGAUGUCUCCGAGCUCAACCUAAGUGGGAACCUACCCGAGAACUCAUCAAGACAGUUCUUCACAGCCCUGGCUAACACCUCUCCCACUCUCACUUCGGCAACUUCGAUGAUUUCGGAGGAGGGAGAAGAAGAGGACGAUGAGGCAAUGGCGGCAUCCGACGCACACGUAGUCGAGAGUGGCAACGGGGAAUUGACGUUGCCAUCGAACCUUUCCGGUACCGCGCUCAGUGAUGAGGUUGCGGAAAGUUUGGAGUCCAACCAAGUGCCACCGCCUCCACACACUAACUCCCAACUGCCGCCGAUGCCAAUUUCCGGUAGCACCGACGCCCCCAAAUCCUCGUCUUCAGCUGAAGCCGCCGAACACCUUCUAACUCCAGGUGGUCAUGGCGCCUACACCUGGCGGAUAGACCUUUCUAAGACGGAGCCAUUUUGGCGUGGAUGGUUCUCCAAUAUGUCCUCUCUCUUCCUCUCCGUGCCCGAACCAAAGUUGCUUCUUGUGGCAGGCGUAGACCGCUUAGAUAAGGAGCUGACAAUUGCUCAGAUGCAGGAUCGCGAGCAAACGCCAGAAUCAAGUCGUGCAAACCAGUCCACAGGUUGCUGUUUUCCCGAAUCUCGUAAUCAUGUCGAUAAUCCGAAUUCAGCUAUCGAUUUGGCCUUUAUGGUGUGCAGUUUCCAACAUCCUGUUAAACUACCCAGCAAAUUCCAGUUGAAAAUUUUGCCUCGCGCUGGCCAUGCAAUCCACGAGGACUCGCCUGAUGAGGUUGCCUCGUGUCUCGCACAAUUUCUCCUCAGAAAUCAAUUUACCGGAGCAAAGCCAAAGCAAUUGUCCGUAAUUUCUGAGCCUAACCUCCGCCCGCCGCCUCCUCCUCUCAGCCCCCUGUCCGCCUCCCAUCGUCGCCCAGUUUCCCUGUGUGUAGCCCUUCUCCUCACCGCAGACUAUCCCCGCUGGCAUUCGGCGCAUCUCCACUCACUGCGUCUCAUCUGA